AUGGAUGCUUUAAUACCUGUUCUCAACAAACUACAAGAUGUUUUUAACACUGUUGGAUCUGAGACCAUUCAACUUCCACAAAUUGUGGUCGUUGGUUCACAAAGUGCUGGUAAAAGUUCUGUUCUUGAAAAUCUUGUUGGUCGAGAUUUUCUCCCACGUGGUGCUGGAAUUGUUACCCGAAGACCAUUGACAUUACAAUUAGUAUAUACUCUACCAGAAGAUAAAGAAAUGCAAUGUAAUCAUUUAGGAGUAUCCGUACCCAAAGAAGAUGAAUUUGCAGUAUUUGCACAUAUCAAAGGAAAAGUUUAUACAGAUUUUAAUGAAGUACGACAAGAAAUUGAAACCGAAACAGAUCGUCUUGGAGGGAAAAAGAAUAUCUCAAAUGAACCGAUCAUAUUGAAAAUAUAUUCACCAAAAGUUGUUACAUUAUCACUUAUCGAUUUACCGGGAUUAACAAAAAUACCAGUCGAAGAUCAACCAGUUGAUAUUGAACAACAAGUACGAAAUCUAAUCAUGCAUUAUAUAACAAAUCCAAAUUGUAUUAUACUUGCAAUAACACCGGCAAAUGUCGAUUUUUCAACAUCAGAAGCUGUCAAAUUUGCAAAAGAAAUAGAUCCAGAAGGCAGACGUACAUUAGCUGUUUUAACGAAACUUGAUCUUAUGGAUCGUGGAACAGAUGCUUACGAUGUUCUUUGUGGACGAAUUAUACCCGUUAAAUUAGGAAUUAUCGGUGUUGUUAAUCGUAGUCAAGAAGAUAUUCACAAGAAAAAACCAAUUGAAGAAGCUUUACGUUACGAAGCAGCAUUUUUACAAAAAAAUUAUCCUUCUAUAGCAAGUCGGAAUGGAACACCGUUUCUUGCAAAAACAUUGAAUAGACUAUUGAUGCAUCAUAUUCGCGAUUGUCUGCCAGCAUUAAAAACACGUAUAAAUGUGAUGGUAUCACAAUUUCAAACUUUAGUCAGUUCAUUUGGUGAACCCAUUGAAGAUAAGGGUAGAUUAUUACUUCAAAUUAUCACUAAAUUUGCUUCAUCUUAUUGUGCAACGAUCGAAGGAACAGCAAGAAACAUUGAAGUUGCUGAAUUGUGUGGAGGAGCAAGAAUUUGUUAUAUAUUUCAUGAAACAUUUGCACGAGCUUUAGAUUCAUUAAAUCCAUUAGAUACACUAACUACAUUUGAUAUAUUAACAGCCAUUAGAAAUGCAACAGGUCCUAGACCAGCAUUAUUUGUACCUGAGAUUAGCUUUGAAUUAUUAGUAAAACGACAAAUUAAACGUUUGGAAGAUCCUAGUCAACGAUGUGUCGAACUUGUACAUGAAGAAUUACAACGUAUAAUUCAACAUUGUGGAGCGCAGCAAGAAUUUAUACGUUUUCCGAAAUUACAUGAAAAAAUAGUUGAUGUUGUGACACAGCUACUGCGAAGACGGUUGCCAGAAACAAAUAAAAUGGUUGAAAAUCUUGUGGCUAUCGAAUUAGCCUAUAUAAACACAAAACAUCCAGAUUUUUAUGAAGCCGGUCUUAUUCAUAAAGCAUUGACAGGUGGCGAUUAUCGAACCGAGACUCAACAGCUACAACAAAAAGAACAACAACUACAACGAUCGAAAGAAAUAUCAAGAGGAAAAGAUCAUCGAAGCAUUGAUGAAACAACAGUAAAAUCUAGUCGAACAACAUUAAAUCAUAUUAUAGAUGGAGAAGUCAAUGGUAUUCAUGAAGCAAAUGGCCCCACAUCUACUCCUUACACAUCGAAUGCUGGCAACACGUCUAUAACAACAGCUACAAUUACAACAUCAUCGUCAGGCGAAGGAACAACGAAUAAUCCUAGAAAAUUAUCCUCACGAGAACAACGUGAUUGCGAAGUUAUUGAACGAUUGAUACGCUCAUACUUUUUGAUUGUUAGAAAAAAUAUUCAAGACAGUGUACCAAAAGCUAUCAUGCACUUUUUGGUGAAUUUUAUUAAAGAUAAUUUACAAUCAGAAUUAGUUGCAUCAUUAUAUAAAACUACUGCACAUGAAGAAUUAUUAGAUGAAUCUGGACACAUUGCAACAAGACGGAAAGAUGCACAAGAAAUGCUCGAAGCAUUACAUAAAGCAAAUCAAAUAAUAAGCGAAGUGCGUGAAACUCAUCUUUGGUAA